UCAGCUGUUCCCGAUAUAGGUCGGACGUAACGGAACACAAAAACUUCAUCCAUUCUCGAGUCCUACUCAAUCACAUUUACCAAAUCGCAAAAAUGAAGUACGUUUUGGUAUCUGGAGGUGUGAUCUCUGGAAUUGGCAAGGGAAUCAUUGCCUCCUCGUCUGGCCUACUCCUGAAAACUUUGGGUUUAAAGGUCACCGCGGUCAAGAUUGACCCGUAUCUUAAUAUCGAUGCAGGAACUAUGGGGCCCAAGGAGCAUGGUGAAUGCUUCGUCCUCAAAGAUGGGGGUGAGAGCGACCUUGAUCUUGGAAACUAUGAAAGAUACUUGAGCCUUAAUCUCACAAAAGAGAGCAAUAUCACAACCGGAAAGAUCUACAGCCACGUGCUAUCAGAAGAAAGAAAAGGGACGUACCUGGGCAAAACCGUACAAGUUGUCCCACAUAUCACCGAUGCAAUUCAAGAUUCGAUCGAACGCGUUGCCAAGGUCUCAGCAGAUGAUUCAGGAGAGGAGCCGGAUGUGUGCAUCAUCGAAUUGGGUGGUACUGUCGGCGACAUCGAGAGCAUGCCCUUCGUGGAGGCCUUGACUCAAUUUCGACAUAGAGCAGGGAAGGGAAACUUUGUCAACAUUCACGUCUCUUACGUGCCGCUAAUACACGGAGAGGAGAAAAGUAAGCCCACGCAACAUUCAAUUCGUGGGGCACUUCAAGCUGGCCUCAUCCCAGACUUGAUUGCUUGCCGUUGUGAGCGUCCUCUUGCCAAAGAGACGAUCCUGAAGAUUGCCCGCAGUUGUCAUCGAGAAGUUGAGCAGGUACUUACAGUACGAGACAUGCAAACCGUCUACCAAGUACCGCUUCUGCUUGAACAGCAGGGCCUUGUCACACAGUUGACCUCUGCAUUGCAACUAGAUAAAUUAGCAAUCUCCUCCGCUCUAGUCGCUAAGGGUGCAGAUCUGUGGAAGUUGUGGAACAAGACGGUACUACCUAAACAACAUCUGGAGCAGGUCAAUAUUGCCAUUGUUGGCAAAUAUACUGAAGCUCAAGAUGCGUAUCUUUCGGUUGUCAAGUCGCUGGAGCAUUCGGCUAUGAGAUGCAACAAGGCCCUCCAUAUCAACUGGGUUGACUCUGAACAUCUGGAAGAUGCCACACAGGACAGCGAUCCUACCAAGUAUCACCAAGCUUGGCUUUCGGUUCACACAGCCAGUGGUGUCGUUAUUCCAGGAGGCUUCGGUGAACGAGGCGUUGAAGGAAUGAUCAAAGCGGCGUGGUGGACUCGAACGAAAAAGGUUCCGAUGCUGGGAAUAUGUCUCGGUAUGCAAGUAGCCGUGAUCGAAGUAGCGCGGAAUGUCUGUGGAAGGAAGAAUGCCACGUCGGAGGAGUUUGAUCAGAAAGCUCAAGAUAAGGUGAUCAUGUUCAUGCCAGAAGGUAGCAGAACAGAGAUGGGAGGAUCAAUGAGGUUGGGAUCUCGGCCUACACACUUUCAACAAGGCAGCGAAUGGAGUAAGCUGCGGGCAUUGUAUGGAAAUGCAGAUGUGGUCGAGGAGCGCCACCGACAUCGCUUCGAAGUCAACCCGGACAGUGUGGUCGAAUUGGAGAAAGCUGGACUGAACUUCAUCGGCAAAGACGACACUGGCAACCGUAUGGAAAUUGUCGAACUGAAAGACCAUCCCUGGUUUGUCGGUGUCCAGUUCCACCCCGAAUACCAGAGCAAGGUCUUGGACCCUUCACGACCAUACCUUGGCUUCUUCGCCGCCAGUGCAGGAUGCCUCAAUCAGAUCACAAAGGAACUGCUGCAGCAGACACUCGCCACUAACGGUCUUCCCAAUGGAGUCGGUGAAGCUAUACAUUUCUAAACCCAUGUUUUGGAACGGGGUUAUGGUAGAAUCGGAUGGCAAUUUGAUUUUGUGGCAAGGGGCAUAUUUCAUGGAGAAGGGUGUCGCAAGGAGUUGUUUGUCUGCAUAACCCCAUCUCUCGUCUUUUCGCGCGUCUUUAGAGAUUUCCUAUGUGCAAUAUACUUUGAGAGCCAGGAACUUGCUAGUUUGGGCGCUGGUAGUCAAUAAAACAAUAGCAUAUCAUACCAUGUCAGCCUGGGCGCUCUCGACUUGAAGAGAUA